AUGCCCAGCUGGAUAAUGAAGCCAUCGAAGGGCGUGAUGCGGCCGCCGAAUGGUCAGAUCAUGGGCGACGACGGGCUGCUGUUCUCAGAAUCUCAGGACAAGGCUCGGAAGAUCGCUGGCGCCCUCCAUUGGAUCGAUCUAGAGCGCCAAGUUCUCCAAACCAUCUUGAAGGCCGAAAGUUCCAAAGGAGCUGGGCUGCUGCAUGGGAAGUACGAGGUUAUCCUGGAAGCACAAAAAAGUGUGCAUGCGCCCUCACUUCAACGAGAGGAUGGACCCAUCUGGACCCCAUUGCAAACAGGGGUCAGGCGUAUUCAGCCCUGCCGAUAUGUGCGCCCACGCUGCGACUGCAAGCUGCUCGGGAGUGAGGACUACUGCCACCAGCAGCGACCACAGGAGGAAAAGGCGAAGUAG